CUCGGCCGUGAGGGGCGGCCAUGGCGGCGCUGCCGCUCCCUCCUCCCGCCGCCGGGGGGCGCUGGCGCGGGGCGCGGGGCGCAGGCGCGGCCCUUCCCGGCGUGCUCAGCGCCGGCUCAUGGCGGCGGCGGCGCCGGGACGGUUUUAAAUUGAGGAGAAAAUGUCACUUUACGAUGACUUGGGGGUUGAGACCAGCGAUUCCAAAACAGAAGGCUGGUCCAAGAAUUUCAAACUGCUGCAGUCUCAGUUGCAGGUGAAGAAAGCAGCUCUCACACAAGCAAAGAGUCAGAGAACAAAACAAACCACAGUCCUUGCUCCAGUGAUUGACCUGAAACGAGGCAGCUCCUCUGAUGAGAGACAGAUCGUGGACACACCCCCUCAUGUAGCAGCUGGGCUAAAGGAUCCUGUCCCUAGUGGUUUUUCUGCAGGAGAUGUGUUGAUUCCCCUGGCAGAUGAGUAUGAUCCCAUGUUCCCAAAUGACUACGAGAAGGUGGUGAAACGUCAGAGGGAGGAACGGCAGCGGCAGCGGGAGCUGGAGAGGCAAAAGGAGAUUGAGGAGAGAGAAAAAAGGCGUAAAGACAGACAUGAAGCCAGUGGGUUUUCAAGACGACCUGAUCCAGAUUCUGAUGAAGAUGAAGAUUAUGAAAGGGAGAGGCGGAAAAGAAGUAUGGGAGGAGCUGCCAUUGCACCACCCACUUCUCUCGUUGAGAAGGACAAAGAACCUGUAGCAUCAUUCCCAUAUGAGGAGGAGUCAAGACCUCGGGCACCUUCUUCCAAAGCAGCAAUUCCUCCUCCAGUGUAUGAUGAGCCAGAGAGACCUCGUUCCCCCACGGGCCCCAGCAACUCCUUCCUUGCCAACAUGGGGGGGACAGUUGCCCACAAAAUCAUGCAGAAAUAUGGUUUCAGAGAGGGCCAGGGGCUGGGCAAACAUGAACAGGGGCUCAGCACAGCCCUGUCAGUAGAGAAAACAAGCAAGAGGGGUGGCAAGAUCAUUGUUGGUGAAUCUACAGAGAAAGAAACAGGCAAGAAGGCAGAUUCCAACCCCUUGACUGAGAUACUGAAAUGCCCAACUAAAGUGGUCUUACUGAGGAAUAUGGUCGGUGCUGGGGAGGUGGAUGAAGACCUUGAAGUUGAAACUAAGGAGGAAUGUGAGAAAUAUGGCAAGGUUGGGAAAUGUGUCAUCUUUGAGAUCCCUGGCGCCCCUGAUGAUGAAGCUGUAAGAAUAUUUUUAGAGUUUGAACGGGUUGAAUCUGCCAUCAAAGCCGUUGUGGAUCUAAAUGGAAGAUAUUUUGGAGGCAGAGUGGUGAAGGCUUGUUUCUACAACCUGGACAAGUUCAGAGUGCUGGAUCUGGCGGAACAAGUUUGAUUUUAAAAAUCUAGCUCGAGGUGUCAUUGUUUUGGCAAUCACGUUUUCAGCAGUAGGCUGGGAAUACAGAAGAGAAAAGUAGCUUUCCUAGCAGACUGGAAACAAGCCUCAUUGAAUGGAUUUUAGACAUUCGUUGUGACUUAUGUUUUUUUUGUAAUAUAAAGCCCUUUGAAAGUAA